AAGGCAUUCACUCACAGUUAACAGGGGAGGGCAGCAGAAGAAAAGAGAAGGCAUUCUUUUUCUGAUCCUAUUUCUACAUCUCAAAUUCAUUUGCUACUGCUUCCAGCUGAGACUUCACUUUAAACGUCCUCUCAACAAAAUUCCAACCUUCCUAGGCCUCCUGAAGCAAAAUUCUUGGAACUUCUAAAUACAGAAGUAUUUUCUUCCUACUCUCAGUUUCCGCUUUAAUUCUACUGAUGCACAGUCUGUGUGACGGGAUGUUUGUGUGUGUACUGCUAGUCAGCUUAUUUUGGGACAGAAAGGCUCACUUUUUGCUUACAAUUCAGGAACCCAAAUAAUUUUCCCCACUCCUUGGCCAGGAUGAAGCCAGAAGGUGAGCAAGGACGACCCCCGUUGAUCUCCGUUAAGGGAGUUCCCAUGAUCAAGACUUUCGCCGAUAUUAUGGGCGAGGUUGAGGUUUUCCAAGCGCAUCCUGGUGACUUACUGAUCUCAACGUAUCCCAAGUCUGGAACCACCUGGAUCAGCGAAGUCAUUGACCUGAUCUAUAAAGAAGGCAACACGGAAAAAUGCAGACAAGAACCCAUCUAUAUGCGUGUUCCUUUCUUAGAGUUUUCUGUUCCUGAACUUCCCACAGGCAUUGAACUGCUAAAAAAAGCACCUCGGCCGUGUCUAAUAAAAACCCACCUUCCCAUCCAGUUGAUUCCUAAAUCCUUCUGGGAAAAGAAAUGCAAGAUGAUAUACGUGGCCAGAAACGCCAAAGAUGUGGCAGUCUCGUACUAUUAUUUCUACCAGAUGGCAAAAGUGCACCCAGAACCCGGAACAUGGAAUGAAUUCCUGGAGAAGUUCAUGGCUGGGGAUGUUGCUUUUGGAUCCUGGUAUGACCAUGUCAAAGGCUGGUGGGACAAACGAAAAGAACAAAGGAUGCUCUACCUCUUCUAUGAAGACUUGAAAGAGGAUCCGCGGCGGGAAAUCCGGAAAGUCAUGGAAUUCCUGGAGAGGUCCCCUAAUGACCAGCUGGUGGAGAAGAUUGCUCACAAGACCUCCUUCAAAGAGAUGCGUCAGAACCCAAUGGCCAACUACACCGGCGUUCCCAGCUCAUUUAUGGACCACAGUAUCUCGCCUUUCAUGAGGAAGGGAAUCACUGGUGACUGGAAGAACCAUUUCACAGUAGCACAAAAUGAGCGCUUCGAUGAAGAUUAUAAGAAGCAAAUGGAAGGAUCAACUCUCCAUUUCCGCACAGAGAUCUGAUGGUGCCUGGCCGCCUUUCUUGGCUGUGGCCUUUUUUCAGUGGCAAAUUUACAAAAACAAAAUUUUAAAAUAAAUCCAU